AUGUCUUCCGACGAUGUCCCCCAAGCGCCACAAAACAAACCGUCUACCUCAUCCUUUGCCGACGUGUUCAAGACCCUCGCGGUAGGGCGUCCCAAGUCGCAGUCACCGGUAUUACAUGCGCAAAACGCUGGAGGCUCGCUGUCACCCGAGAUGGAAGGCAGAAGAGGCAGCCGAGUAACCUUUGGGUUCGAGGCCUUGCAUCGAGGAAGCGUGGCCACGAGUGCAUCUGAUGCGUCUUCGACCCCCAGUAUCGACACGAUCCUUCACAAUCUAGCUGCGGACCAACCUCUCCAGGGUGCAGCCGACGAGGCCGAGAAGGCGGUGCGGUAUCUACACGGUUUCAGUGGUGACCAGGUCAUCGUGGUCUGGGAACAAGCUGCCUACCUUAUCGACCACCCCAGUUCUCCGGAGGCACGAAAUGCAGGUGGUAUAUUGCUGGAAAGCGUCUCUGGCCGUCAGGACCUGCCCCUGUCUGGGCCCCGUCUUACGAAUAAUCGUGGCCUGGAUCGUCCUCUAUACGAGCAAACGGCGGCUAUCCGAUCAAAACUUAAGCGGUGGAGAGGACAGAGGCCCGCCGGCACUACCUUUGAUGAGACCGUACUGGGUGAGCUGUUCCAGCUUAUUGUCGACGUCGUCACUCUGCAACGCAACCACCCGAGCCCAGAGGUCAUCCAACUUAUCCUCGAUCAGAUAUUCACUGUUUGCAAGAAAACGAGUGCUGCCGUGGACAUAAAAAACGCGCUCGUCGUCUUUGACGCUAUCAUCGCAACGUUAGGCGUACCGGACCCAAGCUUCAUCCCUUUACUGGAGGUUCUGUGCAGUAUCCACGCGUCGGUAAAGUCGUUAGCUGGUCCAACAUCCAGAGCCGUUCGCAGUCUAGCUAAGUCCGGAAAGCAGCCAGAGAUGGUAGAGACUCUUCACACCUUCCUUUGGGAGACUUCUGAGCGACCUGACCGUAACCUGAAUGUUACACGCGGUGCUGUGGAUAUCUUCCGAGAUCUACUUGUCGCAUAUGGCCAAGACGGGAUGCCUACGAUCUCGUUCGAACGCCUUAUCACCUCCCUUCAACGAGCAUCUCUCCGCAAGGAUGGUCGAAUUGACACCGACAUCCUAGAAGUCUGCCUUAACGCGUUGCAGGGUGAAUUUGCACCAGUCUCACUGCAACAUGACUGGUCCGAGUUUGUUAGCGUCAUGAUGGCUUGCUCAGAAAGAGCCAUAGACGCAACAGCGCCAGGCUCACCAGCUUCAAACAUAUCUCCCGUCUCUCUCCCUACAUCCACCCCUCCCACUAAAACCUCCAUGGCCGAUGAUGUACGAUCUAACAUAAUUGCCAACCUUACCCGCAUUGCAGCCUCUCUUGAAACCCUGUGGCCAAAGUUGGAUAGGGCUCAGAAGCUCGAAGCAUGGCGCCUUUUGGCCGACAUUCAUAGACACCUUAGCCAUUCUCAGUCGGAACUUGCUAUACGCCUGUUAGGGGCCGAAAGACUAUGCCAUCCAUCCUCAUCUGACAAUUGGAUUAGUCACUCGUGGAAACUAGUGCAAGAUUAUAUUUUGGAUCGUGACAAGGCCCCGGAAACUCGCAUCCUUGCUUUGGCCGCUUUCAGAGAUGCAUAUUUCAGUGAGAAUGCACCGGAAUUAUAUGUUAAGGAAGGGCUUCUUCGCUCCCUUACCAAGGGCUUCGCCGAUGAAGAUUCAUUCUUGUUUUUGCAAGAAUUAGUAGCGUUUCUAGUUGAUGUAACAGCCUGCUCUGACGAAGACACGCUGAACCUCAUAGUUGAUACCCUAAGCCAGCCCAUGAAUGCUGAUGAGAAUACGGAAGACAUGUCCCCAUCCGGUACCAACCCAGUUCCGCACUAUGUUUUGGCCUCAGACACGCUUGCACCAUCCCUAAGUGACGCAGCAACAUUGGGCCUUAUUCGGAUCUUUUUGAAAGGGCUGGAAACUAAAUCUCAGGUUGUUUUGACAACUUACCAGAGAUUAAUAAAUAUCGCACUGUCAACAAGCCGCCCUUCUGACUGCCGCCUCUCAGCGCUCCGACUCCUUUUCCGACUCCGUUGUGACACCUCAGGUGUUAUCCAUGUUGCAUCAUCCAUUGAUAAUGGACAUUUAACUGCUAGCUUGUUACGCACCGCUGAAUCAACCGCCAAGUCAAGCGUCAGUGAAGAGUCGUCUACUGAACGCACGGCAAACAACAAUGAUCCAUCAUCUACUCCAAAUAGCAGAUCAUCUCUGAAAGAUCAAUCAACCACCCCUCUAGGAGCCCAUGGCCAUCGCGUUAUGGCUCGACGCCCUUCUCGAUGGGUUGCACCGAUCUGGGCUUUUGAUGAACAUAAUAAGCUACCUGACAUGACAGUACUCAAAUUAGGCAGCAAUGUCUACGCAUUCAAGAACUCAUGCACCGAUGGAGAGCCUGAGCACGACACUAACGUCAUAUUGAAAGUUAACCUAUGGGCCGAGGCUAUCAUUGCUCUUCUCCAGCGUGAAAAGGAUUGGGAUAUCUAUAGCUAUGUUUCUGCUCAUGUCAGUGCACAGCUUGCCAAUAGAGAUUUCUUUAGUGCGGCAUUGCCCCAGAUCAAGUUGCUGCGAAGCGUUCUGUGCGAGCAGAUCAAGAACGAGAGUUUCCCCGAACCUCUUGGCUGGACAGGAGUAAAGAAAAAGGAUAUCGCAAUCUGCCUCCUCGAAGCUCUGACGAUGCUUGUUAGCUUCCAUGAGCACUUCGCAAAGGGUGAACAAGAUGAGAUCGUCCGUGCGUUCAUGUACGGAAUUGGUUCAUGGGAGGGCACGUCUCGAGGAUGUAUCCAUGCACUCAGCGUUUGCUGUCACGAAAUCCCUCUCUCGGUGACGAAGUGUUUGAAUGCUAUCCUUGAUAAAAUGUCCAAAGUCAUCACUCGAUCUCAUAUUGCCGUUCACAUUCUCGAAUUCCUCGCUCUGCUUGCACGCUUGCCUGAAGUGUAUGUCAAUCUUCGUGAUGAGGAGAUCAGGACUGUUUUUGGAAUUUGUAUUCGGUAUAUUCAGACGUCAAGGGAGCAACGAUACAAGAGCACUGAGGUUGCCAACGGCCGGUCCGCAUCUAUGCCCUCACGAGUGAGCAAUGGCUCAAAAGACCCUGUCUCACACCCUCCUACAGAGGCUAUUGAUUUUCACGGUGGAGAGAAUGUUGCCAGAUAUGUUUAUCAUUUGACGUACCAUGUUAUGGUCUUUUGGUUCCUAUCGCUUAAGUUACAGGAUAGACCAAACCACGUCGGUUGGAUCACAAAGCGAUUGGUGUUCAAUGAUGAGCAAGGAAAAGAAGUCAUCGAAGAGCAGAGCCAAGUAUUCAUUGAUAUGAUGCAACGAGUUGCAUACUCAGACUUGGGAGAUACAAUUCCAUUCGAAAACUUCCCACCGUCGCCGUCAGAUGGCCCAGUUGUAAAAAAGACUUGGAUUGUUGGCACAAGUAUCGUCACGGUCGAAACAGCAUGUGCCUCUGGGUUGAAUCAAGUCACGAAAAGACAGGCCUCCGGGACAACGUACUCCAUCUUCCAACAGCGAACCGCACCUGUCCUGCCUCAUCAAAUACCUACAAAUCCUGGCUCAUACUCCCUUUCCGAUGACCCUUCAACGCGAACCUCAGUCCUACCAAGCCAUGCUCUCCUUCAGAUGACAGCCUCUGCAUUUCCCACAGCAGCCCCGUUGCAGCCACUCCCAUUACCUGAUGAUGACUUUACCCGUCGGGCAAUUAGCGCGUUCGAUAGGAACAGUAUUGUUGACGGCCAUAAGAUUGGUGUUCUGUAUAUCGGCGAAGGCCAGACGGACGAGACAGAAAUAUUUGCGAAUGAGCACGGCAGCCCAGACUAUGAAUUCUUCAUUGCCAGCCUUGGAACCAAGGUCUCCAUCGAGAAUCCCAAGUUCAACCCGCAAGGCCUCCAUUUUGAAAGAGAUGGCAAGUAUAUCUAUGCUUGGCGCGAUCGAGUCUCCGAGAUUAUAUACCAUGUCGCUACCAUGAUGCCUACGAACUUGGAAGCGGAUCCUUAUUGUGUAAACAAGAAGCAGCACAUUGGCAACGACUUCGUGAACAUCAUCUUCAACCGGUCCGGUUCCGAGUUUGACUUCAAUACCAUCUCUACCCAAUUCAACUUUGUGGACAUCGUCAUUACACCAGCUUCUCGGGUAAGCUCCGGUAAAGACAAAGAAGGAGAAUUCACCGUCAACGACUUCAACCGAAGACUUUAUACUGUCAAAGUGCUGAGCAAGCCCGGUAUGCCCGAAUUAUCGGCCGCGGCAAUCCCAAAGGUCAUCUGCGGCAAAAAUCUCGCUGCAUUCGUCAGGAUCAUCGGUUUAAAUGCAUCUGUCUUUUCCCUCGUCUGCAGUCACGGCGGCGAAUACAUUUCUUCCUGGCAAAACCGCCUGAGAGAAAUCCGCCGUCUUCGAGAUCGUGCAUACGCCUGUUCGUCCACCGAUAUUACUAGCCCAGACAUCUCAUCGGGCAGCAAUUCAGGUUCUAUGGGCGAUGGCCAAUACCCAGCAUCACGACGCAACACCAAACAGUCUGUUGAUGACGGCAGUUUGCGCAGCGGCCUCGGAACUGAACGCAACCUUGCAAUGGACUGUAACGCCUUCCAGAGCUUGGAUUUCUCACGCUGGACUCGUUAA